GAGCGGAGCGGGCGGUGGCGCCCCGGAGGGGGCAGCGCCCGGAGGGAGAGGGGGGAGGUCUGGCAGUGCCGGCAGCCUCCGAGCGGGGCAGGGGCCGUGCCCGGGGCAGGCAGCCGCGGUCCAAGGCGGGAGGGGCUGCACCGGGCUUCAUGCGAGCAGGAGCCUCUCCCCGCCGAGCGGCCUCCCGUCCGCCCGCCGGUGCCUGCAGAGCUGCGGCAGCACCGGGGAGUGACUCGGAGAGGGGAGGAGAAGAGAAGGAAAAGAAAUCGGAUUGCCGAAAGGAUUAGGAAGUGGGGUGGGGAACCCAAGCUCUCUCCCUCCCUCCUUCCCCACACACAUUUGUGAAGCUUUUCAGAGUUAUCCUUCAGCAUCAGUACCGGCGGGCGACCCGGGGGAGCCGCGACAGCGGAAGGUGCUCGGCAAACUGCAAGAGCGAUCAGAGGCAGCGGAGUGGCCCGGGCCGGCGGACCCUGCCCCGGCCCCUGCCCGCGGGACACCGCACUUCCCGGCUCCGGUGGUUUAUAUAUAAGAUACAUAUAUUUUUAAGUUCUUACUGUUCCUCUCGGAGGACAGGAUUUGGAGCAUUAAGGGCAGGCGUGCUGCCAGACCGCCUGCCCUGGACGUGCGAGGCGGGGAGAGAGGAAGGGAGAGAUGCCUCUGAUUAGAGGGAAAGUCGUGCUCAUCCUCGGAUUCGUCUUCCUGACAACUUUCCUGGCUGCGGUGAGAGGGCUACCCGUGAGGGGGAAACAGCGCAGCAAUACCCCGAAGGAGAGGAGCUCCAAGCUGGCGGAGGUAUCAGCAUCAUCCAGCCCCCGUUCAGCGGGGGACGAGGAGCUGCCGCCGUCGGGCAGGGCGCGGGCGCUGAGGCGGAGCGGGCAGGCCGGCCCGCGGCGGCACAGGCGCAGAGGGCUGGCUCAGCAGGCUGCCAGGAGCCCGGCGCUGCCCCAGCCCAGUGCUGCUGGCCAGGAGGAGAGCCUGCCCUUCAUGCUGGACCUGCAGAACUUGCCGGGGCUGGCCAAUGUGGACCUGAGUGCCCAGAACCCCAACAUCCAGGUGACCAUUGAAGUGGUGGAUGAUCCUCAGGCUGAGAUGGAGAUGGACUUGUUGAAGGAGACAAGCAAUGACUGGUCUCUGACAUCCUCUGAGUGGUUGUCCCACAAGGACCUAUUCUGGCCCCUCUUCUGGGAAUACACUGACCCUGCUGAGGGGGAGGAGGAGGAAGAUGAAGAGGAGGAGGAAGAAGAGGAAGAGGAUGACAACCUGGAUGUUGGGGACAGGGAGGAAGAAGAGGAUGAUGAUGAAGAGGAAGAUUACACAACAGAUUAUGAGGAGGAGGAGUCCAUGCUUAGUGGAGUAGGCGGUAACUGGGACCAGCGAUGGCCUGGGCAGAAAAACUGGAUCUUCAAGGAAAAAUAUAAUUACGACUAUGAAGAUGAGGAGGAGUGGAGCCCAUGGUCCCCUUGCAGCAUCACCUGUGGCAGUGGCAACCAGAAGAGGACCCGGUCCUGUGGCUAUGCCUGCACAGCGACAGAGUCGAGGACCUGCGAUCUCACACACUGCCCUGGAGCAGAAGGAGAGAUGAUCUUCCCUACAGAGGAGACGCCUUUUAAAAGUGACAACACCACAGAGCUGUUCAACUCAGAGGUGGACAGCUGUGAGAAGUGGCUGAACUGCAAGAGCGACUUCCUCACCAAGUACCUGAGCAAGGUGCUGACGGACCUGCCCAGCUGCCCCUGCUCCUACCCGCUGGAGGCCGUCUACAGUGCCGUCAACCUGCGCGAUGAGCAGCGGGGCAAGAGCUUCCGAUGGCGGGAUGCCAGCGGCCCCAAGGAGCGCCUGGACAUCUACAAGCCCACGGCACGCUUCUGCCUGCGCUCCAUGCUGUCCCUGGACAGCACCACCCUGGCCGCCCAGCACUGCUGCUACGAUGAGCACACCCGUCUCAUCACCCGCGGCAAGGGGGCCGGUGUCCCCAACCUCAUCAGCACCGAGUUCUCUCCGGAGCUGCACUACAAGGUGGACAUGCUGCCCUGGAUCCUUUGCAAGGGUGACUGGAGCCGGUAUCACGCCGUCCGGCCUCCCAACAAUGGGCAACGGUGUGCCGACAACCCCGCCGAGGAGGAGUACCUGUCCCAGCUGCAGGAGGCCAAGGAGUACUAGCCACAGCCACUCUCAAAGGUGCCACCAGCACCACUGGCUUGCGUCCCUGCGCAGCCUGGCCAGCCCUGACCCUGCUCAUGGGCUCCUCAGCGGUGCCAGGCAAAACGCGGAGGAUGUGCCGUCUGUCUCAUCCCCUCAGAGGAGUGUCUCCUCCGAUUUCUGAGGGUACUGGAGGUUAUUGUGGUGCAGUCCCUGCCGUGCCACCCAGGGCAGUCCUGCAGUCCAGAGCUCCUGGCCUGGCAUGUGGAAAGCAGCAGGGGCUGGGAGGUAUAAGGGGAACAAGGGGCUGCUCCUUUCUGCUUUUAUUCUCUAUGACCUUUCAGUGCAGCCUGAAAGCUGAGCACAGGGUGAAUGAAGUGGGCUCAGCUCCUGCUGGCUUCACACCACAUCUGAGGAGCAUGCCUGCGGCAUGGCUGCCUGCCCUUGUCUGUACACCUGCCCUGGCACAUGCUGGUUUAUGUCUGAAACUGGGGGUAGGUCUUCCU